AUGAUGAGGUUGUCGUCGGCCAAUAUUCCACAUAUACGUCAAGUGAGAGCUGCCAGGGCUGAAAUUGAGGUCGAGGUCAAGUCAAGAAGCGGUACUUUGUUACGUAAGGGUGCUGCGGGACGUGGCUACACAAGAGCCAAGUGGGACAUCGUACAGAAGUACCUAGGAGCCUCACGAAGCCCCUCGGGGCGAAGUUCUCGUUUGGGUACCGGGUCGUGUGUAGCCGCCCUCCAAGAUCUCAUGUUGCUGCAGAUCAUCUUGGGCAAUUGGAAGGAGGAGGAGGAGGAGGAGGAGGAGGAGGAGGAGGAGGAGGAGGAGGAGGAGGAGGAGGAGGAGGAGGAGGAGGAGGAGGAGGAGGAGGAGGAGGAGAACGACGACGACAAUGACGUAGAAGACGAAGAGGAAGAGGUAGUUGAGAGGCAAAAGUCUGCUUCUCAUGUCCCUCCGCGCAACUUCGAGACAGGAUCUGUAUAA